CCGGAAGGAGGGUGUCGCGCAGCAGCUUUGGCGCUGAUAUACUGACUAGAAUGGUGCUGAUCAAGGAAUUCCGCGUAGUUCUGCCAUGCUCAGUAGAAGAGUAUCAAGUUGGACAGCUGUACUCCGUUGCAGAAGCCAGCAAGAAUGAAACUGGUGGCGGUGAAGGAAUUGAGGUUUUAAAGAAUGAACCAUAUGAAAAAGAUGGUGAAAAGGGGCAAUAUACACACAAAAUCUAUCAUUUGAAGAGCAAAGUUCCUGGCUUUGUGAAGCUCUUUGCUCCAGAGGGGUCAUUAGUCUUUCAUGAAAAAGCUUGGAAUGCGUUUCCUUACUGCAGAACAAUUGUAACGAAUGAAUACAUGAAAGAUGACUUUUUCAUUAAAAUUGAGACAUGGCAUAAACCAGAUAUGGGAACUCAAGAAAAUGUUCAUUGUCUAGAUCCCAAUAUAUGGAAGUCUGUUGACGUGAUAGACAUUGACAUUGCAGACAGGAGCCAAGUAGAACAUGCAGACUACAAAGCUUCUGAAGACCCUGCAAUAUUUCAGUCUGUUAAAACAAAAAGAGGCCCUUUGGGUCCCAACUGGAAGAAGGAGUUGGUGAACUCUGAGGAUUGCCCACGCAUGUGUGCAUACAAGCUGGUAACAAUAAAAUUUAAAUGGUGGGGACUUCAAAACAAAGUUGAAAGCUUUAUUCAGAAGCAAGAAAAGCGAAUAUUUACCAACUUUCACAGACAGCUGUUCUGUUGGAUUGAUGAUUGGAUCGACCUGACCAUGGAAGAUAUUAGAAGAAUGGAGGAUAAAACACAGAGAGAAUUAGAAGCACUGCGCAACCAAGGUCAAGUAAGAGGAACAAGCGCUGCUACUGAUGAAUGAAGAUGGACCUGACCAAAUCGCAUGCAGAAUUGAUUUUGCCAUUUAUACCUGUUUAUAUGCCUAUACACUGAAUGUAUAGCUGUAUAAACCCUUCUGAGCAUCAGCUGCUUUAGUGUACUGUACCUGACAUGAGCAAAAAGAUAAGAGAAUGUUUACUGUAUAUAUCAAUAGUUUAACGAAUGUUACAAGAAUACUUAAAGGGAUACUGUCAUGGGAAAAAAAAAUUUUUUCAAAAUGAACCAGUUAAUAGUGCUGCUCCAGCAGAAUUCUGCACUGAAAUCCAUUUCUCAAAAGAGCAAACAGAUUUUUUUAUAUUCAAUUUUGAAAUCUGACAUGGGGCUAGACAUAUUGUCAAUUUCCCAGCUGCCCCAAGUCAUGUGACUUGUGCUCUGAUAAACUUCAAUCACUCUUUACUGCUGUACUGCAAGUUGGAGUGAUAUCUCCCCCCUCCCUUUUUUCCCCCAGCAGUCAAACAAAAGAACAAUGGGAAUGUAGCCAGAUAGCAGCUCCCUAACACAAGAUAACCGCUGCCUGGUAGAUCUAAGAACAACACUCAAUAGUAAAAACACAUGUCCCACUGAGACACAUUCAGUUACAUUGAGGAGGAAAAACAGCAGCCUGCCAGAAAGGAUUUCUCUCCUAAAGUGCAGGCACAAGUCACAUGACCAGGGGCAGCUGGGAAAUUGACAAAAUGUCUAGCCCCAUGUCAGAUUUCUAAAUUGAAUAUAAAAAAAUCUGUUUGCUCUUUUGAGAAAUGGAUUUCAGUGCAGAAUUCUGCUGGAGCAGCACUAUUUACUGAUUCGUUUUGAAAAAAAAAAAUUUUUUCCCAUGACGGUAUCCCUUUAAGUACAGACCCUUCAGCCAAUACUCCACCAAACUGACAGAUGUUCCUUAUGUAUAUACAUAUAUUUUUAAUGAGUGACCGUACAAAUGAAUGCAGAAAUGACUUUGCCAUCUAAGUACAUAGACUGUAAUUGUAUUCUCUAUCCUGUAGAAAUAUAUUUUUCUCAGAUUGAAUACUACGUAAAACCCAAACAUGUCUUUUAUGUUCCAUAUUGACAGAUCUUUGUCUAUUAUUUGAGAUGGAAAAUGACCCCCAAUCCUGAAACCGCUUUUAAAUGUCUCUAAGGAACAAUUCUGUUCCCCAGAUACUGCUUUCCCACUUGAUGUUGCCAUUUGGUAACUAUGCAAACUGUUUGGUUUCAGUAUGUAUGCAUUAACCUCCAGCUAAUUUAUAUACAAUACUUAUCAUGUGGGUACAAGUGUUCAAGUAUCACUCUUCACAUAUUUAAGUUGCUUAGGAAUUCCGUUAUUUACAUAUUUAGGCAAUUAUGAAACAGCCUAAAUGUAGAUCAUGAUAGGAUUGUGUCCUUUUUUUUAUGAAAGGUAGGCAUAUUCAAUUCCAUUUUUGGACAUGCUGGUUACUAGAUUUAAACUUAUAGAAGAAUAUUUAUUUUUAGUUAGGUUGUUUAACUAAAAUCCAACAAUUUAAUACAAUCUAUGUAGAUUCUGCCUUUUAAUAUUUUAGGACCUUUUUUUGAAAAUAGGUAUAUUUAAUAAACUGUUAUAACUGUA